UUUACUGAUCAUCAGAGAACUCACACUGGAGAGAAACCCUUUGUAUGUGAGAAAUGUGGGAAAGCCUUCGGCCAGAGAGGAUGCCUUAAUGUACAUCAAAGAACUCACACUGGAGAGAAACCCUUUGUAUGUAACCAAUGUGGGAAAUGUUAUAGGCAUAGGAACAUUCUCACUAUUCACCAGAGAGUUCAUACGGGAGACAAAUCCUUUGUAUGCAAUGAAUGUGGAAAAGACUUCAGCCAGAGACAACACCUCAUUUGUCAUCAAAAAAUUCACACUGGAGAGAAACCAUUUGUAUGUAAGGAAUGUGGAAAAGCCUUCAGCCAUCGAGAAUGCCUUACUGUACAUCAGAGAACUCACACUGGGGAGAAACCAUUUGUUUGUAAGGAAUGCGGAAAAGCCUUCAACCAGAGACCACACCUCAUUCGUCAUCAAAGAAUUCACACUGGAGAGAAACCAUUUGUAUGUAAGGAAUGUGGGAAAGAUUUUAGUCAGAGGACCAAUCUUACUAUUCAUCAGAGAGUUCAUACUGAAGGCAAACCCUUUAUAUGUAAGCAAUGUGGGAAAGGUUAUAGGCAGAAGAACAAUCUCACUAUUCAUCAGAGAAUUCAUACUGGAGAGAAACCCUUUGUAUGUAAUGAGUGUGGGAAAGCCUUCAGCCAUCGAGCAGGCCUUACUGUACAUCAGAGAACUCACACUGGAGAGAAACCCUUUAAAUGUAAACAAUGUGGGAAAUGUUUUAGUCAGAGGAAGUAUCUCACUGUUCAUCAGAGAAUUCAUACUGUAGAGAAACCCUUUCUAUGUAAUGAGUGUGGAAAAGGCUUUAGUAGGAGUUCUAGCCUUAUUACUCAUCAGAAACUUCAUACUGAAGAGAAACAGAAUUUCUUGAAAUAGAGAGAUUUCAGAAAGGAUUUACCCUUUACUGUCACCAGAGAAUUCAUAUGAUUCUGGCAACUUGGUAGGAGAAAAAUUUCUUCUUCCCAAAAUAAUUCUUUGUGGCUUUUUUUUGGUUAACAUGCCACCUGCACUUCUCAACCUGGGCCUUUUUCAUCCCCUCCUAAACCAACACAUGAAAAAACUGACAUUGGGUUGUUUCACAUUGAGUUCAACAUACUUGUAAAGAAGAGUGGAUGGAGUACCAAUUUGAUUUGGUUUUUAUAACUUCUUUAGUCUUUUUUCUAAUGUGUUGUAUUUCAAAAAUA